CCAAACAGAUUACAUUGCAUUAAUCACUGAUUAAGUAGAUAAUUAAUUCCCAGAUUUUUGUUUUAAACUCCAAACAACUGUUUUUUAUUUCAUUAAUUUUUUAAGUUUACUUCUUUCUUUCUUUACCUUCUCUUCUUUCUUCCCGCACCAACAUCAGUUUUCUUCGAUUUGUUGAUCUGCUUUGGGUCUCUCGAUCUUUCUCUUUAAUAUCCACUCGAUAUUAUAGAGAGAGAGAGAAAAUGGUGAGUGAAAAGCUGAGAGAGUGAUUAGGUUGCGGUGGAAUUUUGUGAUGAGAGGGAGAUAAGAGAUGGCGACAAGUAUUUAAGCUUUUUUCUUGGUUUCUUUGUUUAUUUUUCUUUUUGGGGGGUCUGGUUUGAUUUGAUUGGAUUUGAUAUGGGUGGGUGUUUUCCUUGUUUUGGAUCAUCGGACAAGGAGGGUAGUAGUAGUGGUGGUGCUGUGAAAGAAUUGUCGAAGAAAGAUUCAUCUAAAGACUGUUCAGUUGCUCAGUCUCACCAUGUAAGCAGAGUUAGUUCAGACAAAUCAAAAUCUCGGAGUGGUUCUGAUCAUAAGAAGGAACCAGUGGUUCCAAAGGAUGGGACAACAGCACAUAUUGCUGCACAAACAUUUACAUUUAGAGAACUGGCGGCUGCCACCAAGAACUUUAGGCCAGAAUGUCUCCUGGGAGAAGGGGGUUUUGGACGUGUUUACAAAGGUCGCUUGGAAAGCACAGGACAGGUAGUUGCUGUGAAACAGCUUGACCGUAAUGGCCUUCAAGGAAAUAGAGAAUUUCUGGUAGAAGUUCUGAUGCUUAGCCUCUUGCACCAUCCAAACCUCGUUAAUUUGAUUGGUUAUUGUGCUGAUGGAGACCAACGCCUCCUUGUUUAUGAGUUUAUGCCAUUGGGAUCAUUAGAAGAUCAUCUACAUGAUCUUCCACAAGACAAGGACCCGCUGGAUUGGAAUACAAGGAUGAAGAUUGCAGCUGGUGCUGCCAAGGGGUUAGAAUACCUGCAUGACAAAGCAAAUCCUCCUGUAAUAUACAGGGACCUAAAGUCAUCCAACAUUCUCCUUGAUGAAGGCUAUCACCCAAAAUUAUCAGAUUUUGGGCUUGCAAAACUCGGUCCUGUUGGUGAUAAAACCCAUGUCUCAACACGUGUUAUGGGUACAUAUGGUUAUUGUGCUCCGGAAUAUGCAAUGACUGGUCAGCUUACUCUAAAGUCAGAUGUCUAUAGUUUUGGUGUUGUAUUUCUUGAACUUAUCACCGGGCGGAAGGCAAUUGAUAAUACACGUGGUCCUGGAGAGCACAAUCUUGUUGCAUGGGCACGGCCACUAUUCAAGGAUAGAAGGAAAUUUCCAAAAAUGGCUGACCCACUACUUCAAGGUCGCUAUCCAAUGCGUGGACUAUAUCAAGCUCUUGCUGUUGCAGCCAUGUGUUUGCAGGAGCAAGCAGCUACAAGGCCUUUGAUAGGAGAUGUUGUAACUGCUCUCACAUAUUUAGCCUCUCAAACCUAUGAUCCCAACGCAUCCAGUGCUCAAAAUAAUAGAGUUGGCCCAUCUACACCCAGGAGUAAGGAUGACCGGAGGAAUAUGGCAGAUGGGCUGGACAGCCCAGAUGAACGUGGGCGACAUGGUUCUCCUUCAACUCAUAAAAAUUCACCUGACUACAGGAGAAGGGAUACUGUUAGGGAGUUGAGCACUGCUUCAGACUUAGUUUGCAGUGAAACUGGUGGAGUGUCAGGGAGAAAGUGGGAUUUGGAUGAUUUAGAGAGACAGGAAUUUCAGACAGACAGCCCUGUAAAUACUGGGAGGGAAGGGAUUCCACGGAAUCGUGACCUAGAUAGAGAACGUGCUGUUGCAGAGGCAAAGGUAUGGGGUGAGAAUUGGAGAGAAAAGAAACGAGCGCACGCUGUUGGUAGCUUUGAUGGUACAAAUGAAUGAUUGUGAGAGAAAAUGACAGAUUUUGGAGAAGAAAUGUAAUUUUAUUCUGAGGGUGAGGUUGAAGAAAGAGAAAAAAAAAAAGUUGAAGAAACACCAUCCUUUCCUUUAAUGUCUUGGUUUGAAACUUGAACCCAAGGAAUAAGGGUUUUCUUGCAUGUAUCCACCACUGACUGUUAUUGGUUGCCCAAUGUCAUUCCUGUAGUGGAGGUUUGUAAGUGAAUGCUUCAAUUAUGUGGUUGAAGGAAAGAGAGUAAAAGAAAGGAUGAGGGGAUGAGGACUGUUUGGUUUCAGGUAAAAAAUCUCCCUCUUGAGAAAUGAUGUAUGGAACAUCUUGAUCUUAUGAUGUAUGUAGGGCUUUUACAGGAAUCUGGGGAGAUGUCUAAAUUUUUGCCCCAUAUAUGUUGUCUGUACAUGGGGAGACCUGAGUGACUUUGGUGUGGCUCUCUCUCCUCUCUCUCUCUCUCUCUCUCUCUCUCUCUCUCUCUCUCUCUCAUUGUCAUUACAUCAUGUACUCUCAUACCAUCUUGUUGGAUUUCUGAGUCAGGUCAUGUUUUCGGCUUAUACAGAAAAGGGUUUCAUGAUAGUUCUCCAUGUAUAUUCAUAACAACUUGUAUACCCUCUCUCGCAAUUUCAUUGAAUUGGUUGUUGCAGAAGAUCAAAUUACA